GGGGGACUGAGACAGACUACCAGCAGUAACUAAUUUUGUUAAUAAUUUUGAUUUUUUUUAACUGUUUUUUUGCAAUUUAGUAAUCAUUUAAAGAGAAAAUAAAUAAUACAAACUAAGCCUUGUAUCUUCAUUUUGCAACUGCACUAUCCCUUUUUAGUUUUUACUGAAAAAAAAUGAAUAGAAAUGUUGAAAAUCCUCGAAAAUCGAAACGAAACAGUAGCCUGUUGCGGUCAGUGGUAAUCCGGGGGAAAACAAAAUGGCGGUGAAUGCUGCAAGUUUUGUGCACAAAAAUUGUAGUCGUUUAACGAGAAAUAGUUUUGUUAAUCUUUCAAAUUUAUUUUAUAGCAAUAUCUUUCGAUGUAAGCAUUUAGGAACGCUGAGCACAUCGAAUAUAUUUUCAUUAGAGACGGGAGGGCGUCGCCAUAUUUGUACCCAAGGAGUGACAUACGGUCGGUUGUUUAAACUUGAUCAUUUAGUCUUUCGUUGUUCAAGCACAGACGCGACAACUGUAGCGGGCAGAGUGCAAAAGUUUAGAAAGCUGUUGUAUGAUUUUUAUCUUGGAGGCAAAGCUUUGUUCCAAGAUGUUAAAUCGACCUGGAAGAUCAGACAAAAACUUCGCCAAAAUAGUUGGAAUUAUGACGUUUUGCAGAGAAGCGAAUUGUGGACAAUGUUUAAGACUCAAAAGAAUGUCAAAAAGACUCUCCCAAUCAUAGCAUUAUCGUUUCUUCCUGUGAUCGGCUAUCUUGGACCUAUCAUCGGGUUCUUGAGGCCACGGCAAUUUCUUUCUGAUCAUUUCUGGACUGAGAAACAAAAGAAGAAGUUCAAAGCUUUGGACAGUAAGGAAAGAAUAGAGUGCAGAAAUGCAAUAUUUCACAUCAUCCACGAGGAAACUAAAAAACCAGGAAAUGAAGAGCAUCAGUUGUUGCACAAAAUAACUGCCAGAGCUGAUCUAGACGACGAUGCACCUUUUGAAAAGACCUUUUCAGCCUUCUCAAGCGGAGGUUUCGAGUUAAACAAUCUUGAACAUGUUCACCUGAAAAAGCUGUGUUCUUUUUGGAUUCUGAGAUCAUUAUGGCCUAGCUUCAUGUUAAAACGAAGUUUGAAAAAUGAGAUGUUCGUCAUUCACAGAGACGACAUCGCUCUAGCCCGCGAAGGAGUUGAAACGCUGGACGAAAAACAGUUGAAAGAGGCCUGCCACGUGCGUGGACUGGAUACAUCACAUACCUCCCAGGAAGAUCUACAAAUUUGGCUCAAAAGUUGGCUGGAGCUUACCAAAGAUGUAUCAGAUAACGAGACUUCAUAUCUUGCCCAUCAUGCUGUGUUUAAGGCCCUGGACGUUCAAGAAACGGUAAACGAGCGAUCGAGAAGUCAGGUCAGGUGACUACUAUAGGCAUGCAGACGUGGUAACUGGUAAGCAUCAGGAAAUUGCUGAAAAUUCGCAAUUUUUAAAUCAACUGUAAUCCAAGGCGCAGUACUUUUGCGUAUAGCAUAAACAUUGCAAAGACUGUGCUGACCAAUAACUGCCACAUAUGGCACUAACUGUAUCACGAACAACAGACCGCACGAAUCAUGAUGUCAUCUGCGCGAGCAGAAUUCCCUGCGAGAAGGGAAUGGUGUAAGUUACGCAGAUUAAACACGGUUGGAAGUCAUGAUACAAUAGGUCGAUCAAUGAAGCCAAUUAUCAUUUAUUUCAUUUAGGCUAUUUUGCCCUCUAACUUGUGAAACAUCUGGUUUAAAUUAAAUAUUUGCACAUACUCAUGUGACAUAUAACAUAUCCAUAGAUUUGGUAUUAUU